CGUGUCCAUUGCCGCCGCCGCCGACGAGUUCUCUCGCCUCUCUCUCUCUCUCUCUCUCUCCUCGCCGGAAGGUUUUCCGCAGGCGCAGCCGCGAGCGCGAGGGAGGAGGCCAUGUCGCGGUGGCGCGCCGCCUCCGCACGCAUCUCCGCCGCGGCGGAGUCGCGCCUGCUCUCCAGGGCCUUCUCGGAGGUCGGGAGGACGCCCGCUCCCCAGCCCCCGUGCAGAGCCUUCUCCAAGGCCUCCGCCGCCGCGGCCGCCUCGUCGCGCAGUCCCAGCGCGCCCGCCACCUCCGCUACCGCUGGCCCGAGGCCCGAGGUCAGACUGAAUUCUAUGUUUCUGUCGAAGCCCUGUUCACUGGCAUUGCCUCCUGAUUCCCCUCUUAGAGUGGAAGAUCCACAGUUUGAGGGCAUUAAGCGUUUCAUGCUCACGCUUUUGCUGUUCUACAGUAAGCAAAGCAAGUCCAUUAGAGGGGCCAAUGUUGUUUAUCAUCGCAUCACUUCUCAAGUUGACAAGUCUGAUAUCCAUGAUGUGUUUCAGUUGGAAAAAACAUUUAAAACAACAUUUUCAUUACUUGUUCUACAUAUGUGGCUCAUUCUACGUCGCUUGAAGGAAGAAGGGAAGGAUGGUGUUAAAUUUGGGCAGUACAUCUAUGAAAUUUACAAUCAUGAUGUGGAGCUUAGAGUUUCAAAAGCUGGGGUUAACUUGCUGCUGACAAAAUGGAUGAAAGAACUUGAGAAAAUAUUCUAUGGGAACAUUGUGAAAUAUGACACUGCAAUCAGCCCAGAAGCACGUCAGGAGGAUCUUGUAAAUGUCAUCUGGAGGAAUGUGUACGCUGAAGAAGGUUCAGAGGCUAUGGAUGCAGCAGCUGCCCCUGCUAUCCAGGCAUUGGCACGAUACACUCGGAGGGAGGCAACUUGCCUAUCACUGACAGAUAAAGAAGCUAUGUUUUCCGGCAACUUUAAAUUUACAACCCUGUUGCCGAGUGCUCCCAGCUCAUCAAAGCCCGUGCGAUGAAACAUGACAUGGUACGUUGGUAUCCCAUAUGAAGAUUGGUAAACAACAUGACCCCCCCAAAAAAAACCUUCUAUUAGCGCAUAAAAUAACAGGAAUUUCCAUACACUUGUUUAUCUUAGAUUCCUUGCCAAAUCGCCCUUUUUGAUGAUUAAUAUUUUCAUUCUAGCUAGAAAUUUAUUUAUUUUAUUGUAAGCAAGUGAUCGAUAUGUUUAGCUGUCGCCCCGGUCUCCCAGAAUGGAGCACACGGUGGGGACAAACAUUAUCCUUGGUUGGAUGUUUGCAGUCUCAUCUUUUUGUCAUGGCUGAUUUGGACAUGAGCAUCAUUCUGUACGUGUGAUUGGGUAGGCCAGUAUCCGUACAGACCUGUCUACAUCUGUACUAGUGUUUGUGAUGUUGGCGAAGAAUGUGAUCUAAGCUUCUCAAA